AUGAUGCUGAAAAUCAAAAGGGUUCCUACGGUUGUUUCGAAUUAUCAAAAAGAGGAGGGUUCUGAGGCUCCUCGUACUGUCGGAGGUUGUGGUCGGAAUUGUCUUAAAGCUUGUUGUAUUCAAGAUGCAAAGCUUCCUUUGUAUGCUUUUAAGAAGAUUAGCAAAGUUGGUGGAAAGGAUUUGGUGGUUGAGAAGUGUCAAGAGGAGCUUCCUUUGGCCUUUUUGGACUCACUUGUUCUUGGAGAGUGGGAAGAUCGCGUGCAAAGAGGACUUUUUCGAUAUGAUGUUACCUCCUGUGAAACCAAGGUGAUUCCGGGUGAGUAUGGUUUCAUUGCUCAGCUCAACGAGGGUCGUCACCUCAAGAAGAGACCAACGGAGUUCAGAGUCGAUAAGGUUCUUCAGCCUUUUGACGAAAACAAAUUCAACUUCACUAAAGUUGGACAAGAGGAGGUUCUGUUUCAGUUUGAAGCUAGUGAAGACGGUGAAGUUCAGUUCCAUCCAAAUGCUCCGGUUGAUGUUGAGAAUUCUCCAAGUUUCGUUGCCAUCAACGUUAGUCCUAUUGAGUAUGGGCAUGUUUUGCUGAUUCCUCGCAUUUUCGAGUGUUUGCCUCAAAGGAUUGAUCAUGAGAGCUUAUUGCUUGCACUUCAUAUGGCAGCCGAAGCUGCUAAUCCAUAUUUCCGAUUGGGUUACAAUAGCCUCGGUGCUUUUGCAACCAUUAACCAUCUUCACUUUCAGGCUUAUUAUUUGGCUAUGCCCUUUCCUAUCGAGAAAGCUCCCACUAAGAAAAUUGCAACUUUGAACGGCGGUGUGAAGAUGUCUGAAUUGUUGAACUAUCCGGUUCGAGGUCUUGUCUUCGAGGGCGGCGACACACUUGAAGAUUUAUCAAAAGUUGUUUCAGAUGCUUGUAUCUCCUUGCAAAACAACAACAUACCUCACAAUGUUCUUAUUUCUGACUGCGGAACACAAGUGUUUCUGUUACCACAGUGUUAUGCAGAGAAACAAGCUCUAGGAGAAGUGAAUGCUGAGCUUCUCGACACACAAGUGAACCCCGCGGCAUGGGAGAUUAGUGGACACAUGGUUUUGAAGAGGAAAAAGGAUUUCGAUGAGGCGUCUGAAGCCAAUGCUUGGAGGCUUCUUGCCGAAGUUUCACUCUCCGAAGAGAGGUUUCAAGAAGUCAAGGCCCUUAUCUUUGAAGCUAUUGCCUUAACUAAAGAAUCAGAUGACAGUCCUCAAUAUCUUCCUAAAGAUGAUGUCGUCGACUCUGUAGACCCGAGCACAUAUCCUGCUGUGGUGGCCGGUUCGCAAGAAUGUGUUGUCUUACAGUAA